AGUGCCUGGGGACUGACCCGAGAAGGGUGAGCAGAGCGUGCCGGACACCGCAGCUGGGAGGAGAGAGCCCCCACCAUGCCGUGGCCCCUGCUGCCACCCCUGCUGCUCUUGCUGGCCGCCAGCGGGGCCCAGGCCACGCGGCCCUGCUUCCCGGGGUGCCAGUGCGAGGUGGAGACCUUCGGCCUCUUUGACAGCUUCAGCCUGACGCGGGUGGAUUGCAGCGGCCUGGGCCCCCACAUCGUGCCCGUGCCCAUCCCUCUGGACACGGCCCACCUGGACCUGUCCUCCAACCGGCUGGAGACGGUGAACGAGUCGGUGCUGGCGGGGCCGGGCUAUACCACGCUGGCCGGCCUGGAUCUCAGCCACAACCUGCUCACCAGCCUCUCGCCCACUGCCUUCUCCCGCCUCCGCUACCUGGAGUCGCUGGACCUCAGCCACAAUGGCCUGGCCGCCCUGCCGGCCCAGAGCUUCACCAGCUCGCCCCUGAGCGACGUGAACCUGAGCCACAACCGGCUCCGAGAGCUCUCGGUGUCCGCCUUCGCCACGCACAGCCAGGGCAGGGCGCUGCACGUGGACCUCUCGCACAACCUCCUCCAGCGCCUGGCGCCCCACCCUGCACACGCCAGCCUGCCCGCACCCACCAUCCAGAGCCUGAACCUGGCCUGGAACCGCCUCCGCGCCGUGCCCGACCUCCGGGACUUGCCCCUGCGCUACCUGAGCCUGGACGGGAACCCGCUGGCGGCCAUCGGCCCCGGGGCCUUCGCAGGGCUGGCGGGCCUCACGCACCUGUCGCUGGGCGGCCUGCAGGGGCUCCCCCAGCUGGCGCCCCACGGCUUCCGGGAGCUGCGGGGCCUGCAGGUCCUGGACUUGUCAGGCAACCCCAAGCUCACGUGGGCCGGAGCCGAGGUGUUUUCGGGCCUGGACUCCCUGCAGGAGCUGGACCUGUCGGGCACGGCCCUGGUGCCCCUGCCCGAGAAGCUGCUCCUCCACCUGCCAGCACUGCAGAGCGUCAGCGUGGGUCAGGGCGUGUGGUGCCGGCGCCUGGUGCGGGAGGGCACCUACCCCCGGCAGCCCGGCUCCACCCCCAAGGUGGCCCUGCACUGCAUAGACACCGGGGAGCCGGCUCCUGGGGGCCCGGAUAUCUUGUGACAAACGGUGGGGCCUGGGGCCGUGUCACGGACUGCACCCUGGGCUUCCUCAGGUCCGGGGUAACUUAUAUUUUAAUGUGCCAAUGCCCACGGGGACUCUGCAGGCCUAUGUGGCAGCAUCAUUGAAAGUGAGGCUUUGGACCUGGGACCCGCCCGGGAGCUAAGUCUGGUCCCUUUGUCUCUGUUGCUCCCCAGACCAUCAGCCGAGGGUCUUUGAUGCCAAACCAGACAGCAGUCCCCUGCUGUCCUUCCCCACUUUUCCCCAAAGUGCCUUCCCUGGGCCCUGGACCAGCCUGACCUGUGACAGGAGGGUGGGAGGCACGUAGUGCUCGGGGGCAAGAGGUCAGGCCCAGCCACUGGGGCCCGGGUUUCUUUUAGGACAGAGCCCUCUCUUUGCUCUGGGCGUAAGGCCCACUUCAUCCUUUUUUCUUCCCCUGGAACUCUGGGUGGAACUUCAGUUAUGGAAAGGACUGGAAAAAAAAAAAAAAUCAAAUCUGCCUCCUCAUGUGGCAGGUGGGGAAACGGAGGCCUAGAGAAGGACACAUGCUCAUCUGAGGUCCCGUGGUGGCAGAGGCAUGACUGGACCCAGUGCCCUGCCUCCAGCAGGGCCCCUUUGCUCUCUGCUCUAGCUCAUGCCCUCCCGCUCCUCUUUCUAGGCGCCCCCCCCCCCUUGCUUCCAGGAUCCGCAUCCUGCCAUAGGUGCCCUGUCCCUGCCAGCCCCAGGAGGACAGGCCAGGGCUGCGGAGUGGGACUCGGGGCCUAGUAGCCAGCUCUGUGGCACAGGCUACGUCAAGUCACUUUACCUCAGAGCCUCUGGAAGCUUUAGGUAUGCCAGUCCCAGCCCUGCCAGUUUCCCACUGGGGUGGGGUCCCCCAGCACCAAGAACAGAAAUGCACCCAUUGGCCCCUGAGGUACCGCCUCCAGGCAGUCCCCCAAGGAGCAGACGCAGCCCUGGAGCCCCGCCAGGCCCUGAGCUCCGAGGGGCCUCCUGGAUUCACCCCCCCACCCCUGCCCCGGCCGGAUCCCCAGCAGCCCAUCUCAUCCUACUGAGAAAACAGCGGAGGAAGCAGGGUAGCCUCCUGCUCCAUGUUUUUGCUCCGCCACCAGCGGGCAUCUCAGCUUCUCAGCUCUGGGCUCUUUCCUUAGUAUGGGUUUUAUAAAAGUUGUUGCCUUUUAUAAUGGACUGUCACUUUCAGCCACCCCACCCCCGUCCAGGCCCCUGCUGGCAGGGAAUGGAAACGUGUCCUUUGUAAAAGAUGAAAAGCAUUGCGUUUGUUCA